AUGGCAACCAAAUUUUACCUGCACCCCUUGGCCUUGGCCUUUGCUGUUGAUGAGAUCAACAUGGAUCCCAAGAUCUUGCCUAAUGUCACUCUCGGUUUCCACAUCUAUGACACUUACAAAGAUUAUAAGAUGUCCUACCGCACCACUCUGGAAUUGCUUUAUAAAUGCCAUAGAUAUUUCCCAAAUUUUGAAUGCGACAUUCAGAAGAAUCUAAUGGCCAUCAUAGGGGGACUUGGAUCUGAUGUCUCCUUCCACAUGGCAGACAUUCUAGGCCUCUAUAAGAUUCCACAGCUCACAUAUGGAUCAUUUCCCCCAGUUGACAGGGUCAAUGCUAAGUCCCCUUCCUUUUACCGCAUGGUUCCCAAUGAAGCCCAUCAGUACACAGGGAUUGUCCAGUUACUUCAGCACUUUGGAUGGACGUGGGUUGGGCUCUUUGCUGUGACUGAUGAUAGCGGAGAGCAUUUCAUCCAGGAAAUGGAGCUUUUGCUUUUCCAGCAUCAAAUCUGUGUGGCCUUCACAGAAAUGUUUGGAGGAUCCGUGGUGGGUGUUGACACAAGAGAUGGCCUUCAUGAUCUCCAGUCUUGGCAGCUUCACCAAUGUCUUCAGCAUAUUUCCUUUAACAACUCAGCAGAAGAAACAGUGUCUUUCAGUGGUAAGAAGGAAAUAGAAGGUGGUUUUGAUGUCAUGAACUUGGUCGUAUUCCCAAACAAGUCUUAUGCUAAAGUGAGAAUUGGAAAAGUGGAUCCCGAUGCUAUUGAAGGAAAGGAACUAAUCAUUGAUGAGGACAAAAUUCUGUGGCAGAGUCGCUUCAACCAGGUGGUGCCCAUUUCACAGUGCAACGAAUGUUGCCUUCCUGGUUCUCGGAAGCAAAAGAAAGAAGGAGAGCAAUUUUGCUGUUAUGACUGUGUUCCUUGCCCUGAUGGAAAGAUUUCAAACCAGAAAGAUAUGGACGAUUGUAUUGAAUGCCCAGAAGAUCAAUAUCCAAACAAGGACCAAGAUCAAUGCAUUUUUAAGACAAUCAGCUUCCUGUAUUAUGAAGAACCUUUAGGAAUCAGUUUAGCUUCAGUGGCACUUUCUUUUUCCCUAAUCACUUUAUUCGUGUUGGGAAUUUUUAUUAAGCAAAGAGAUACCCCCAUAGUCAAAGCUAACAACCGGGAUAUCACCUAUACUCUUCUUAUCUCUCUCCUGCUCUGCUUCCUUUCUACUUUUCUCUUCCUUGGAGAACCUACCAAGGUGUCCUGUUUCCUCCGACAAUCAGCUUUUGGCAUCAUCUUCUCAGUGGCUGUUUCUUGUGUCUUGGCCAAAACCAUUACUGUGGUUGUGGCAUUCAUGGCCAUCAAACCAGGGUCCAGCAUGAGGAAGUGGGUGGGGAAAAGACUGACCAACUCUGUCAUUCUUCUUUGCACUCUUAUUCAAGCAGGCCUAUGUGUGUUGUGGCUUGGAACCUCUCCCCCAUACCCACAUUUAGACAAGAAGUCCCUGACUACACAGAUUGUAGCAGAAUGUAAUGAAGGGUCCGCCAUCAUGUUUUAUAUUGUGUUGGGCUACUUGGGACUUCUGUCCCUCAUCAGCUUGAGCCUGGCUUUCCUAGCCAGGAACUUGCCAGACACUUUUAAUGAGGCCAAAUUCAUCACCUUCAGCAUGCUGAUGUUUUGCAGUGUGUGGUUCUGUUUUGUUCCAACCUAUCUGAGCACCAAAGGGAAAUACACGGUGGCAGUGGAGAUCUUCUCUAUCUUGACUUCUGGUGCUGGGUUACUAGGUUGCAUCUUCUCCCCUAAAUGCUACAUUAUUCUGUUGAGGCCUGAGCUGAAUAAGAGGAAUCAGUUAUUACAAAGAGUAAAGUAA